AUGUUGGGUGGAAUAUUGAAAAAGACACGGUCAUAUGAAGAUAGGAUAAGCCACUUACCUGAUCAUUUGAUCACAUGUCACAUACUUACUCGUAUUACUACCUGGGAUGCUGUAAGAACAAGUGUUUUAUCGACCAGAUGGAGAAAUCUUUGGCAGUUGGUUCCUAGUUUGGAUUUAGACUCCGGAAGACAUUUCUGGUUGUUCAGUGACUUUGUGAGUUUUGUUGGCAGGUUCCUUGAUUUACAUAAAGAUCACUCGUUGAUACAAAAACUAUGUUUAACUAUUCAUGAUCGAUAUGCUGGCAAGUCUUAUCUGACCUCAUGGAUAGAUGUUGUGACAAGGGGUAGGAUUCAACAUCUUGAUAUUAGUUUUAUUAAAGAUUCUGGCUUCGGUGACAUACCCAUGAGCGUGUAUACAUGUGGAACACUGGUACACUUACGCCUCUGUCGACUAAACUUGGUUAACGUCGAGUUUGUUUCCUUACCUUGUCUGAAGAUCCUCUACUUAAAGUAUAUUCACUCUCCCAGUGAGGCCAUUUUGGAGAGACUUAUCUCAGGCUGCCCAGUUCUGGAAGAUCUAACCCUCACUGAUAGUUCGUCUGAAAACGUAAAGGUUUUACAAGUGCGUUCUAAGACGCUAAAGAGAAUCCACAUAAAUGAAAUUUUCCAUGUUGUGAUUGAUGCUCCUCUUCUUCAGUGUCUAAAGACAGUCUUCCAUAGAACAAAGAAGGAUACGGUCAUCAAUUCGAGUUUCCCUGCCAAAGUAGACAUUAGCUUUGGUGGUUCGAAUGAUACGUUGGAUCCAAACCGCGUAUCAAGGAGAAAAGCGAUUCGUGAUAUCCUCACUGAUAUUUCAAGGGUCAGGGAGCUAGCUAUUAAGUUGCAUUCUUGGAAGGACAUCUUUCCAAGAUUAGAAUCGGGACCAUUGCUUCAUUUUAGUUACUUAUCCCGAUUGACCGCUACAUUUUGUAACUACGAUCUUAGAAUGUUGCAAACUCUUCUUAAGAGCUGCCCGAAACUAGAAUCUCUCAACUUGGUAUUGGUUGAGAACCGACAUUUUUUCUUAUGUGAUACGGAGAAUAGUGAACCAAAGUUAACGUUUCACAUGGUGGAGAUUCCGUGUUUGGUAUCAUCGCUCAAGUUUGUGGAAUUCAAAAGUCCGAUCUUGGGGCAUGAAGGAGAGAUGGAUCUAGUCAAAUUCUUCCUCAAGAAUUCAUCAAUCCUGGAGAAAUUGAGUGUAACAUUUUCUGAUUUGCAUCUGACGAAAUGGGUAAAAGCCACGAAAAGGGUAAAAGCCGCGGAUUUUAUCCUCAGAGAAUUCCUUGCAAUGCCAAGAUGCUCUAGCACUUGCCAACUAAUUGUUGUUUAA